UGUGGGCAUGCACUGGUGUCUGUGCGUUACAAACGGAUUAUUCCCAUCACAUUAUAACAGCAAUUUGCCACUCGUACACAGAAAACGUGGCUGGGUGUCCCUCGUGUGUGUGUUUGUGUGUCUUUGUUAGCCUACGACGUGUCUAAGAGCUCUCAGUUUCAAAGAGUGACAGGGAUGAGAGGAGAAAGUAAUUGAUGUUGUGUUGAUUGAUUAUCUUAUUCAGUAAGAGCAUUAUGAUAUACGAGUCGAGUCUGUUUAUUAAGCACCCAUUUUUUGAAGUAUAAAAAAAAUAUUGUAAGGAAACAGCUGAUAAAUGAGCAGAGAUGUUAUAUAUGGGUGUGUCUUUUGAUGGUCUUUGUGUUCUCACAGACAUUGAUUUUAUUACUGAUACCGUGAUAUCGGAUGCUCAUGUAGACUAGCUCUCAGAUAUAACAAAUGCACAUAGUCAUAAAAUAUAUGUAGAAACGAAUUGCAUUUACACGUCUGGAUGAAUGUAACUAGGAGAGUUUCAACAACCAGAAAUCCAGAGUUUAUAAGGAGACAAAAGCGUGAUCUCGGGCAAACCUACGUCUGGAAUUUGGCAUCUUAGGCAUGGCUUUGAACACUGAUGCUACAGUUCCCAGUGCUGCCUCUGGUGCAGUGGAGGAAGAACCACAACAACAGCAAUCAGAACAAGAGACCAAUCAGCAAGCAGGCAAAGAGUCGGACCACACCCCUAACUCCUCUCAGCCAGUCAGAAGUGAACAGCAAGAUCUAGCCCCUGUUCCUACACCUUCUCCUGCUUUAGACCCCACACCAUCUCAGGAUGCCCCACCUAAAGAUCACCUGACAGUCAUUGAUGAAAAGAUGGAAACAAGUAAUGGCAUUUGCUCGGCUGUUAUCGACAGUUGUCCAUCUGCUGCCUCUCCUCUUCAUCAGCAGCAUGCCCAGCACGGGCACUCAAACGGGCGUGCCAGGCAGAGCAGUCGCUCAGGGUCAAUAAGUCUCGCGGGGUCACCGCGACCUUCCCUUACCCGACGGCCAAGUGCAGCCACGGAUGCGGGACUUGGCUCCAAACCCAACGAUUAUCUGAUAUGGGCUAUUCUGGCUUGCCUUUGCCCCGUCUGGCCAAUCAACAUCGUGGGCUUGACCUUCUCAGUGAUGUCUCGUAACAGUCUACAACAAGGGAAUGUGGAUGGUGCUCGUCGUCUUGGGCGGAACGCAAAGAUCCUGUCUAUUGUGUCGCUGGUGGGCGGGAUCAUCAUCAUUAUUGUAACUGUAGUCAUCAACUGGGGUGUAAUGCUGAAGACCUGAUGGUCACAAAGAUGGAUUAACGAAACGACAAAAUCAACAACCAAUCCAUGAUGACAAUUUUCGUCAUCUUUCAUCUGUCAUGCAUUUCUCUGCAUUGCCCGAGCUCCUGAAUGCUUUUCAGUUCAUUUAAACUCUGUCUCCAGAAUUGGUUGUGCCAGUACGAUCAUGAAAAACAGGGACUCUUCAGCUCCUCUAAGGACCCAGGAUAUUGAGCAAAACAGGAUGCAUGUUUUUUUCUGCGAAGGACUUGUCAUUGAUGCCAGUGUGGAUACCACCAGAAUGAUCUCAUUUUAUCGGUCAAAUGUAAAGAUAAAAAUGUAAUCGAUCAGUUAUACAGAGGCAGAAUCGGCAUCACCUACUGAAGAGAGCUCUUCAUAAUCCAGGUUUUCCUAAUGCCUUUGUUGGAAAGAUGUGCAGUUAGAGUGAUGAUUUUGCAGCCAAGGCUUAAACAUUUUUGCUUUUUUAUCAGACAUAAUGAUUGUCUCAAAGAUGUCAGUCGAUGUGAGGGGUCAGCACAUUUUGUCCCCCACUCUCUCUUUCUCUCUCUUUCUCUCACGCUCUCUCUCUCUCACGCUCUCUCUCUCUCUCUCUCUCUCUCUCUCUCUCUCUCUCUCUCUCUCUCUCUCUCUCUCUCUCUCUCUCUCUCUCUCUCUCUGUCAGUAAAAAUGUGUAACCUGCAAUCCUUAACAGAGAUAAAAGGAAGUGGGAGGGGGUCAAAGCAGAGAUGCGGUCUUUUGUUUCACACGUAUGGAGGGAUGGAGACAGAGAAAGCUAGAUAAAGAAGAAGGAGGAGCCUGGCGUCUGAUGAAAAGAUAGCCCUGAUAUGAUGAGAUGUGAGGAAUGCAGUAGAGCCAAGAGGGAUCCCAGCCCGUUCUGGGCUGCUUGCAUGCGUGUGAGGAAGCCGAUAUUGUAAUGCUCGCAAGCAUGCCCUCCCCUCCUCUAUGCAGCUUUAACAGUCUAAGCCAGUUCCUUUCAGACAAACAUGACGCAUUUAUUUAUUAUCGUGUUUUAGCAGUAUGGGUGUGUGACAUUCGAGGCAAAAUGUCGAUCCAGACUGUUUUAAAAGCAGUCACGUUUUAUACCACAAUGUUUUCAAUAUAACCCUUAGUAACCUGGAUGUUCAACAAUAACAGAAGUACAUUUGACAAUAGCAAAUUGCUUUACACAACUAAAACCGUUUGUUUGAUGGAAUGGUUUGUUUCGCUGAAUAGAAUAAUAGCUAAAUCAUUUCUUGUCAGGCCACACAGACUGUGCCAAAAUCAAGACUCUGCCAAGUUUCCAUAUAGGACAGCUUUUUUCCGGAAUCAGUGGGCAUCUUUGUGAUAGAGACAGGACAUGAGAGGAUAAUUAUAUGUUUCUUUGAGGAAGUCAUUUUACAGAUAAAAUGAUUGUUUGUGGUAUUUUAUGAGAUAUAUAAAUUUAUCAUACAUUUUGUGCAAUUAAACAUUACGACCAUCAUAGAAUUAAUGUUCCAGCAUUAUAUACUAGAAUAUGUUUUUGGUUUAAUUAAAAUUCUAAGGUAAGUUCUUUUUUUUGGGGGCCACAAAAAAAAUGCACAGAGGGGGCCUUACAUCGUGAUCUGCCCCACAUUUAUCAGACUUUCAUAGCUUCAGGUCUCUUGCAUGCAAGUGAUUCCGUUAUACUAAUGUUUACAGCUUUUUGAUGGUGAUGAAGGCACUCGAUCCUUAUUUUUUUAAGAGGAAAAUCUUUUUUGUGUGGCAGUCUGUAAAUGUGUCUUCAGCAACUGGGUUUGGGCCCCAUUUUUGGGGGAGGAGCUAAAAUUGUCUUGUUAUUUCUGAUCAUUCCACAUCCCCACCAAUUACACAUGAAUGAUCGUGGCAUGCACAUUUUUUAUUAGCAUAUGAACUGCGUGCAGUCAGUGAAUGCCUGCUUGACUUAUGUUCUACUGAAUUGUUCUGCGCACCUAUUUAUAUUUAACCUGCUUACACUGCUGAAUCUCAUGAUUGUAUAUACAUAUGUAUGUAUAUAUGUGUUUGUACAUAUUUGUACUGCUUCUGCUGAUCUAAAUCUCUUUCGAUGGACAUGAACAGUAUUCGUGAUGCAGAUCUUGACUGUUAACCAUGCAGUGCUUUCAAGUUUUUUUUGUAUCAGUAUGUAUUUUAAAAUGCCUUUUGUUUUGUAUGCCAUUUGUGCUUUGCUGGUAUGAGAACCUUAAUUGCAUGUUUACAGAAUGUCUAUGCUGCAAAAUACUCUGAGUUUGAUUCUCUGGGUUACAAGUUCUACCUGCUGUUAACAGAAUCUAUUUUAUUUACCCUUUUUGUUCAUACAGCACUCAACUGCAUUUUGUCACAACUUUACCUCUUGUCAAUGGAAUCAUUUUCUUGAUAUUUGAUAUAAGACCUUAUGAUAACUCUUGUGGCUAAUAUAAUCCUGAUUUUGUGCAGAUUUGCCUGUGCAUGCCUUAAUGAAUUGCUUUGGAACAACACUAUGUGAUGUAUUCUGUAUACGAAACCGAAUUGAUAGAUCUCGCAGUAUCGAUCUGUAUUCUGCUCUGUACUGACACUAAGUAUGCAUUAAUGAGCCCAAUGAAUAAACUGUUCCUCAUUAUGCCA